GUUGAGGUUAUAAGGUUGUUCUGGCCUUGGUUGUGACCCUGCUCUGAGUCUCAAGGGAAUGGGCAGAGGAGCUUACCCUUCCUUGUUUCCACAUGAAGAAACAGGCCGGGAGAACCACAGUGCUUUAUCAGGGCCUUGACCAGCUCUCAGGACUGUAGUGGUCAGAUGAAUGCUCACUGUAGAUCCCUCUGAGUUCUCAGGUAGCAGUAGCUGUGGGGUCCUCUAACCUGGGCCUGUGAGCCAAGAGUGACUGGACUAGAAGCAUUGCCACCAGCGACGGAGCAGUGACCAACCACACUGGAUGCCUCUGGCGAGGGGGAAGGGGAGAAAGGAGAAAAACAAAGGCGAGUGAGUGAGCAAGCCAGCCAGCGAGCGCACUCUUGUGGAGGCUCACGACACCCUCCCUGUGCCUACCACAAUGUGUCAGUCAGAGAAGCCGCAAGGACCAGAGCUCCAAGCAGCAGCGAAAUGGUGAGAUGCUGCCCAUCGAGACCUAACCCUACUGUACCCCGGCACUAUCUCAGGAAGGUCAGAGGUCAAGGCUAGUGGCUCUCAUGUGGACGUGGCAGUAGGAGGUCUGGGAGUGACCCCCUCGGCUGGAGGGGCCUGGAGAGGGGGUCCGAGUGCCCCGAGUAGGAGAGCCCACUUCAGGUUGUACUUCCCCCAGCUGGCCCUACGGCGGAGGCUAGGCCAGCUUAGCUGCAUGUCCAGACCUGCUCUGAAACUGCGCUCCUGGCCCCUGACCAUUCUCUACUACCUCCUGCCCUUCGGUGCCCUCAGGCCCCUCAGCCGGGUGGGAUGGAGGCCCGUGAGCAGGGUGGCCCUGUACAAGUCGGUGCCAACGCGUUUGCUGUCACGUGCCUGGGGUCGCCUGAACCAGGUGGAACUUCCUUCCUGGCUGCGGAGGCCGGUCUACAGCCUGUACAUCUGGACCUUUGGGGUAAACAUGACGGAGGCUGCUGUGGAGGACCUGCAACACUACCGGAACCUCAGCGAGUUCUUCCGGCGUAAGCUGAAGCCUCAGGUCCGGCCUGUCUGUGGCUUGCACAGUGUGAUCAGCCCAUCAGAUGGCAAGAUCCUCACCUUUGGGCAGGUGAAGAACUGUGAGGUGGAGCAGGUAAAGGGCGUAACCUACUCCCUGGAGUCAUUCCUGGGCCCUCGAGCCUGUGCAGAGGACCUGCCCUUCCCUCCAGCCUCCUCCCAUGAGUCCUUCAGGAACCAGCUGGUCACCCGCGAAGGGAAUGAGCUCUACCACUGUGUCAUCUACCUGGCCCCCGGAGACUACCACUGUUUCCACUCCCCCACUGACUGGACUGUCUCACAUCGGCGCCACUUCCCAGGUUCCUUGAUGUCAGUGAACCCUGGCAUGGCCCGAUGGAUCAAAGAACUCUUCUGUCACAAUGAGCGUGUGGUCCUGACCGGGGACUGGAAACAUGGGUUCUUCUCGUUGACGGCAGUGGGUGCCACCAACGUGGGCUCGAUCCGCAUCUACUUUGACAGAGACCUGCAGACGAACAGCCCCAGAUACAGCAAGGGUUCCUACAAUGACUUGAGCUUUGUAACACAUGCCAACAAGGAGGGUGUGCCCAUGCGCAAAGGCGAGCACCUGGGCGAGUUUAACUUGGGCUCCACUAUCGUGCUCAUCUUUGAGGCCCCCAAGGACUUCAACUUCAGGCUGAAGGCAGGGCAGAAGAUCCGCUUUGGGGAAGCGCUGGGCUCCCUCUAGUCUUCCUGGUUGCGCUGCCAAGGGAUCUUUCCACACAGGAGCAUGAGGUCUUCAGAGGCACCCCAGGCUGUCCGGUUGAGAGACACUGUGGGGCUGACCUGGUAGGACCUGAGUGAUCUGUUCUUGCCUGUCCAGAGGUGCAGCGGAGAGGUUUGGAAUCUGUCAGGACCUAGACCCCCUUUACAGAGCGUGGGUAUGAUUUGACCUCAGAAUCACUUGGAGAGGUUUUUUAAAAUUUUGUGUAAGUUGGAGACCCUCCAUCUCCUGAGUACUGUGAGAACGGUUAUGUGCUACCACACCCUCAAGCUGCACCCCACACCUGUCUCAGGGCCGCCUCUGUCAGCCCUCUGUUCUUCUGCCUUAGCUUCUCUGCCUCCCUCCCUGAGCACAGGGUGAGGUGCAUCCUUGGCACAGACUGUGGAUCUACCCUCUUCUUAGAGCAGGCCACAUGGCCUUCACAACUGCUUUCUGUUCCCAAAUCCACCCCCCUGCUUGCUGGAAAAGUAAAAUCAUCUAUGUGUUGCUGAAUGCGUUGACCUAAACUCUGCCAUUGUCUUCUGAGGGCAUUGACUAAUGAUGUAGACCUUUGUAGGCCCCAAGGUCUGACCUUCUAAAGCUGGCUGAGUCCCUUUGCCAGUAGGCAAAACCAAUUACUGACUUGCCUGGCAGUGUCCAGAGUGAAGGGGAGGUGGAGGCCCAGCCUGUGGGAAGUAGGAGACACGCUGCUAUUGGUCUAGGGGUUGUUGGAGGCAGAGGGUACAGUGGUCAGUGCCUAGAAAUCCUGUUCCAGGUGGCUGCCAGGUAUGCAGACCAUGGGGAACCCAGUGGGAAGGACAAGGCCAGAUUUCAUGUUGAUCUUGGAGAUGCCAUGAAUUUCUCCUGUAGGAGAAAUCACUGAACUUUUUAAACUGUAUCAGUAAUACAGUAUUUUGUAUGAAAAGUAGGAGACUUCUGAACAGUAACAUUUAAUUGCCAGACAUUUUGAAAUAAAAACCCUAAACCAUUGUA